AUGGUCGCGAAGUUCGUCUCGGCCAUCCUCUCCAUCAGCGCUCUCGCCACAUCGGUUUCUGCACAUGCCUUCUUUCACACUGGCUAUGUCAAUGGUGUAUCGCAAGGCCACCUCUUCGCUGUCCGAGCACCAUCUUCCAACAGUCCGAUUCAAGAUGUUAGCUCUUCAGCUCUUAUCUGCAAUGCUCCCUUGCAUAGCCCCGUGAGCACCAAUGUCAUUGAAAUUGCGCCAGGUGACAGGUUUGGCAUGCAGUGGAACCACGCCAUCUCGGGUCCAACGGCAGGCGACGCUGACGAUCCGAUCGCCGCCUCUCACAAAGGACCUGUUAUUGCCUACAUGGCCAAAGUCGACGAUGCUGCGACUGACGAUGGAAGUGGUUUGAAGUGGUUCAAGGUAGCAGAAGAGGGAUUAGAUACCUCCACAGGCAAAUGGGGUGUUGAUACCCUCAUCUCCAACGGAGGUCUAUGGUCCUUCUCCAUGCCGAGCCUCGAGCCAGGUGAUUAUCUCCUCCGCGGUGAAAUUAUUGCUCUACACAGCGCAUACGACGUAGGUGGUGCGCAAUUCUACAUGUCUUGUGUUGGUAUCAGAGUCACUGGUUCCGGCAUUUGUGUACCCACCAAUACCGUCUCCUUCCCAGGUGCUUACGACGCGAAUGACCCAAGCAUCAAGAUCAGCAUCUAUGGUAGCAGUGGUCAGCCAGACAACGGUGGCAAGGCUUACACCAUCCCUGGCCCGGCAGUCCUGAAAUGUGGUGGUGGCAACUCACCAGCUACCAGACCAGUUUCCUCCACCUCGGUCGCUGCUACAUCGUCUAGAUCAGUCAGCAUCAGUGCGUCAGUCACCACGAAGAAUAUUGUCGUUUCAAGCACUACCACUACCCAAAGAAUCUCAUCCGCAAGCAGCGCAACUAGUACCACCUCAAGAACCUCACAGGCAGCCAGCAAAACGACCACUACAACUUCUCGUGCUGCACAGCCGACAACCUUUGCUACAGUGUCAACUAGCCGGUACACCUGGUCGCAAUCAGAAACUACCGCUGCUCCAUCAUCUUUCUCCUUCUCGACUUCCGGCACUGCAACAACUAGCGGAGUGCCUGCGCCAACGAGUACAUCUCCAUCCACCUCUGCACCAACAAGCACUGGCUACACAAUGAUUGGUCCUGGUGGUAAGAAGUUCUUGUGCUACGAAGUUACUGACUAA